AUGCAUGUACAGCAAAACGGAUUGAGAGUUUCUGGAAAGAUAUCCAUCAAUCCCACCGUAGCUCCGCCAGUGCGCUACCUUUCGACCGUCGACCGAACACUUGAAUCCGGGCUUCAACGAUUCUGGGAGCUUGAAGCAGUCGAUCAUGGGCCGAUGUACUCCGUCCAAGAGAAACAGUGCGAGGAGAUUUACUCCAACACCACCACUCGAACUCACGAUGGAAGGUACGUCGUACGCCUUCCCCACUCCGAUGAUCCGCAAGUCACCCUCGGCAAAUCACAACAAAUUGCCACUCGUUGCUUCUACAGCCUUGAGAGACGCCUUGAAAGAGACGCUGCCCUGAAGAGCUCAUACCACGAAUUCAUCGAAGAGUACCUCUGUCUCGGCCAUAUGCGGAAACUCGAAUCCGUAGACGAUGAAUCUCCGCAUUGCUAUCUGCCACACCACCCUGUGUUUAAGGAGAGUAGCACCACCACCAAGGUACGCGUGGUAUUCGAUGCAUCCUGUAAGAUUUCUUCCGGUAUGUUUCCAAACGAUACACUGCUCGUCGGUCCAGUGGUGCAGCAAAACCUGGACUCAAUCGUUAACCGCUUUUAA